UGGAAAAGAGAAUCAAGCUGCGGACAUAAUCUGAGCCAUAUCACGUUCAAGCCAGAAAAAAGGGCUGAAAUCUUCCCCGCGGACUGACGGUCGGGGAAAUGCUGUAGCACAGAGCUUUCGGGUGACAUUUGUUAGCUUUACAGUGUAGUGAGUUGAAUGUGACGGCUGUAGAAGAGCAGCGAAGCUCACUGCGCACCGCCCUGUUCUGCUUCUGUACUCAGAUAUCAUCAGGACGACCGGCCGAUUCAGAAGUGGAGAACAGCAAACGGGAGCACUCACACACACAUCUCGGCUCAGUGAGCAGGAGAGGAUAGAAGACAAGCCCUGAGAAAGGAUUACAACCUCUUGAGCCAACGCAGACUUUACAGUUUGUUUUGUACUGUCAUCUUAAACUUUUGUGGUUAUAUUUUGGUACCCCGUUUUUAAUUGACAGUAUCUGUCAGGUUUGUAGUUGAUAUUAUAUUUGGGGUGCAAUCGUUUUUGUGCAACUGUUUUUGUUUCCUGGUUUCCUUUUAGUAUUUACGAGAAGAUUGUUCAAGUGAAAGGACUUUUAAUUCCUGUUCGUAUGGUUAUCUUUCCGUUUAUUGUUUAAACUCCCUUUUAUAGCUAAGAGGAAGAAAUGACUUAUUAAAUGGAAUUUCUCCAACGGGGAAACUAACUAGGAAUUUUGCUGAGACCUUGACAGAAAUUAUUUUGUAGAUCAGCACUGCGCACGUUCUUGAGGUUUGGAGCUUGGGUGAAAUCUUUCCGUGGAAGAAACUGGGACGUUUCACUUGAACUCCUGUAACCCAAACUUGCUGACCUCUCUAAAGACUCAAGUGGGAGAUCAUUACAGAGUUGUUCCUAGGAAAUGGGAUCCGAAAAGGACUCUGAAUCACCCCACUCCUCGGUUAGCGGCAUUCCCAAUCCCAAAUGUCGUGGACCGGGCAAGAAGCAAGGCAGGAUCUCUUUUCAUAGCCUCUUCCAUAGCAAACGUGGACCUAGGGGGAACAAGGCCAAUGUGGGCACUCCUCUUGCUCAACAGCUGCACCAACAGCAACAAAUCCAGCAACAGCAGCUUUUGCAGCCCCCCACGCCCACCAAUGUGUCUUCAGACCCUUCAACGGCAGAUCCUGCCGAGCCACUUUCCACUAGCCAGGCCUCUCUGGGAGGUCAAGAACUCCUAGAAUGUCCUCUGUGCCUGGUGCGGCAACCUGCGGAGCAGCUUCCCGAGCUCCAGGGAUGCAGCCAUCGCUCUUGCCUGUGCUGUCUACGGCAGUACUUGCGGAUCGAAAUCACGGAGAGCCGAGUGCAGCUCAGCUGCCCAGAGUGCGCUGAGAGACUUGCCCCAUGGCAGGUGGCCCUCAUCCUGGAUGAUCCCAACCUGAUGGAGAAGUAUGAAGAGUUCCUGUUGCGCCGUUGCUUAGCAUCGGACCCCGACUGCCGAUGGUGUCCCGCUCCAGACUGUGGCUUCGCAGUCAUUGCCUCCGGAUGUGCCAGUUGCCCCAGGUUGGUGUGCCGAAGAGAAGGGUGUGGUGCCGAGUUCUGUUACCACUGCAAGCAAGCGUGGCAUCCUAACCAGACAUGCGACUCUGCCCGCCAACAGAGGGCGCUGUCCUUGAGAACGCACAGUAACCAUUCACCCAGCUACACAGCCGAGCAAGGACACACUGAUGACAUCAAGCCUUGUCCUCGAUGCGGUGCCUACAUCAUCAAGAUGAACGACGGCAGCUGUAACCACAUGACCUGUGCUGUGUGCGGCUGUGAGUUCUGCUGGCUCUGUAUGAAGGAGAUUUCAGACCUGCACUACCUCAGUCCAUCAGGUUGUACUUUCUGGGGAAAGAAGCCAUGGAGUCGCAAGAAGAAGAUUCUGUGGCAGCUGGGCACUUUGAUUGGUGCACCAGUGGGCAUCACUCUAAUUGCUGGCAUUGCUGUUCCUGCUAUGGUUAUCGGCAUUCCUGUUUACAUUGGACGCAAGAUCCACUCGCACUAUGAGGGCAAGAAAACGUCUCAUCACAGGAGGAAUCUGGCCAUCACUGGCGGUGUGGCGCUGUCGAUCAUCACAGCUCCAGUCAUCGCUGCUGUCAGUGUGGGCAUCGGUGUGCCCAUCAUGCUGGCGUAUGUGUAUGGUGUUGUGCCAAUCUCUCUGUGCCGCGGCGGGGGCUGUGGGGUCAGCCGGGGCAAAGGACGAGGAGUUAGAAUAGACUUCGAUGAGGACGAUGGGCCUAUUACAGUUGCGGACGCGUGGCGAGCUCUGAAGUCCCCCAGUCUGGGCGAAAGCAGUCUGGAAGGAGCAGCCAGUGGCCUCAGCACCACCUCCCCCAGUGAGGGUCUCUCUGUUGCUCCUGGAGGUUUGGGGGAUACGCCCCACUUUAACACACUGGCUGGAGGAGCUCUGGGCGCCAGGACUGGAAAAUACAGCAGGCUGGAGGUGCAGGGAACGGAGCUGGGAAAGGAAGUUGCUGGCAGGGAGACGGGCAGCUUGGGGGCAGCAAGUGAUUGUGCCAGUACGAGAGGCAUGGCUGGAUCAAUCACUUCCUCAUACACCUUACCUGACAGAGAGGGCACUAACCUUGAGAUCCAGGUGGACAUUGAAACCAAACCGAGCCAUCUGUGUCUGACCACUGAAGAGGAUCUGGCUCCGCCCACUGCUGCCAUGGCGCCCGGUGUGGGGGAGGAACCUCAGGACUGCAGUUCUCGCCGGAGCGGGACGGUCAUGGAUUCCCCGCUGGGCCUUUCUCCAGGGAUGUCACUCAGGGAGGGUCUCCGAGACGUCACCCUUGCUCAGCCCGAAAGCAUCCGCAGUGACCUGGAGAUGUCCGACACGCAGUCUGAUGACAUUGCCGAGCUCACAUCCGAUGACUGCGACUCUCCUCAUCCCAAAAGCUGCCACGGAGCACCCCCGCAGGCCACCUGCAGAGCCUUGAACCCCACCGACAGUCUGCACUGUCCCGACAACGUCAUCCUGUACGUGUGAGAGACUCUCGCACCAUUGCACAAAGCCAACCGUUUUUUCCGAGCUUCUGACGCUUUACCUGUUAUUUUGCUGCUUUUUUAUAAUUAUCCGAACACCGUAGUGGCAACUUGUGGAACUGACUGCUCAUCGCUCUGCUCUCCUUGUCCCACCUGGUUUAUUAUCGGGCACGGACGGGUCCUCUACCUCUUCAGAAAAUCCAUACUGUUAUUCAUCGGUUGGUGUUUACUUCUCAGUGCUGCAAUGCAUUGAGUGAAAAAACAAAAUAAAGUUGAAUCCGGUACUGUCGUGACCAGAAGAAUUUCCAAACAAACAAACAAACAAAUAAUGCUACAAAGCGAAAUGUCGCCAAGCACAUGUAUACGUGAGUGGUUUGUAUAUGGAUGACACAUCACAGUAUUGUUUGUAUGUUUGUUUUACUUUUUUUUGUUAAAAAACGACGUGGAAAUUGUAUGAUUUAGGCUACCGCAUGCAUGUUGGAUGCCUGCGCCGCACUAGUAUUGUUUUGGUCGCGCUGGCCUGGUUUGCACAGAAAAUAAGUAAGGUCUGUCUGCGGACUGCAGGACAGGGAUGUCACAUGAAGGGGUCACUUGUAGUAGAGGCAUAACUUGAAGUUAUGGAGACCCACAUGUCUAUGUUGUCUGCAAGAUGGCGCUGUACAUCAGUUAUUAAAAUCGUCUACUCCUACUCCAAACCUAAACCCAACCAUCACAGUUAUUAACGUCUACACCUUCACCAAACCUAAACCCAACCAUCACAGUUAUUAACGUCUACACCUUCCCCAGAAUUAAACCCAACCAUCACAGUUAUUAACGUCUACACCUUCCCCAAACCUAAACCCAACUAUCAGUUACUAACGUCUACAUUUUCACCAAAUCUAAACCCAACCAUCAUAGUUAUUAACGUCUACACCUUCCCUAAACCUAAACCCAACUAUUACAGUUAUUAGUGUCUACACCUUCCACAACCCUAAACCCAAACAUCACAUUUAUUAACGUCUACACCUUCCCCAAACCUAAACCCAACUAUCACAGUUACUAACGUCUACACCUUCCCCAACCAUUAAACAAACCAUCAUCGUUAUUAACGUCUACACCUUCCCCAAACCUAAACCCAACCAUCAUAGUCAUUAAUGUCUACACCUACCCCAACCCUUAACCCAACCAUCAUGGUUAUUAACGUCUACACCUUCCCCAAACCUAAACCUAACCAUUACAGUUAUUAGCGUCUACACCUUCCCCAAACCUAAACCCAACCAUCAUAGUUACUAACGUCUACAUUUUCACCAAAUCUAAACCUAACCAUCAUAGUUAUUAACGUCUACACAUUUCCCAACCCUGAACCCAACCAUCAUAGUCAUUAAUGUCUACACCUACCCCAACCCUUAACCCAACCAUCAUCGUUAACGUCUACACCUUCCCCAAACCUAAACCCAACUAUUAGUUAUUAGCGUCUACACCUUCCACAACCCUAAACCCAAACAUCACAUUUAUUAGCAUCUACACCUUAACCAAACCUAAACCCAACCAUCAUCGUUAUUAAUUUCUACACCUUCCCCAACCAUUAAACAAACCAUCAUCGUUAUUAACGUCUACACCUUCCCCAAACCUAAACCCAACCAUCAUGGUUAUUAACGUACAGCUGUGAGUUGCGGAGGCUUUCAUACUUGACGCGCUCGCCAUUGUAGUGCUAUUUGCAACCAUAGGGGGUGACUCCGAGUAGGUUAACUGUCAUGACAAAACAGAUAAAGAAGUCAACGAGUUGCAUGGUGGAGUUGCUAAAUGAAUGAAUAUAAUAAUAUAUCAAAUGAAUUGGUUGUGGAUAAAUUUGGAGAAAACUCAUUUGCUGAAAAUGUUCUCUGGUAAGUAUUUCCGCCAUCUUGCCAACAACAUCUCGUUGUGACAUCUCGCAUUGUUUAAUGGGAUCUCGAUAACUGCAAGUUACGCCUCUCUAACUUACUACAAGUUAAACCCAUUUGUGUUACGCCGCAGACAGAUACACUUGCAGAAAACACACACUUCAGAUCAGUAUGAGGGCUUUUCACACUGACUUUACCAUUCGAAACGCAGCUUUUAACACGGGCUAAAGGAACUGGACUGGUAUUCGAGAAGCAGGGUUUGUUCUAGCACAACUUUUGCACUGUUAACCCUGCAUUGCAGUAUAUAACAUGUCGACUUUUACAGCUAGAUAGCAAACAACAGUCAUUCACAUGCUUUAGAGCAGUGUUUCCCAACCCUGUUUCUAAAGGCACACCAACAGUUCACAUUUUAAACCUCUCCCUAAUCAAACACACCUGAAUCAACUCAUCAGAACAUAGGAAGAGACUCCAAAACCUGAACUUCAUGGAUCAGAUUAGGGAGACAUCUAAAAUAUGUACUGUUGGUGUGCCUCCAGGAACAGGGUUGGGAAACACUGCUUUAAAGAGUCACAGAAUCACUAUAAAUAAAUAAUCAAUUCAGUGAUUGCAAGGAAACGUGUUCAUGGGAAAUGCUUCAGCUGGAGUAUAGAAAAGACUGUUUCAUCACUCUUACCUUUUGUAGUUCAAUAAGUGCAUUCAGGAAAAACAUCUUAGGUUGCGUGCUGCAUUAGUCCGAUCACUGACACUGCAAAUAUGCAAAUAAGUGAGUUAACCCAGGUGUGAAUAUCCAGGAUUAAGUGUUAACCCCAGAUAAACUAUGACCACAUAUGCACUAGAGAUAAAUUCAGUUGUAUCUUGUGGGGCUUAAUCCUGUUCUAUUUACACACGCUUCAGUAACUUAAAGGAGUGACAACCACAUUUAGAUGGCACAGUGGCUCAGUGGUUAGGUUACUGGUUCGAGUCCCGGUUGGGCCAGUUGGCAUUUCUGUGUGGAGUUUGCAUGUUCUCCCGAUGUUGGCGUGGGUUUCCUCCGGGUGUUCCGGUUUCCCCCACAGUCCAAAGACAUGCGCUAUAGGUGAAUUAAAUGAACUAAGUUGGCUGUAGUCUAUAAGAGUGUGUGUGAAUGAGUGUGUAUGGGUGUUUCCCAGUACUGGGUUAUGGCCGGAAAGACAUCAGCUGUGUAAAACGAAUGCCGGAAUAGUUGGUGGUUUAUUCUGCAGUGGCGACCCCGGAUAAAUAAGAGACUAAGCUGAAGGAAAAUGAAUGAAUGAACAACCAUAAUUACAAAAAAAAUAAUAAUCUUAAGAGUGGAUACAGUACAGAACAAGCCCAGCUGCUGAUUUAAAGCUUUAAAUGAUAUUUUUAACCCAACAGCUGGGUUUUCCCAUUUUUUCACCCACAUUUGGGUUAAAACAACCCUUAUUUUUUUAGUGUAAUGUUGCCAGAUCUUGUGACAAAUAAUAAAAACAGCAUUUAAGGAACAGCCCAUGAUAAACUUAAACCCAAACACUUUAUGCUACUAACAAAUAAGCUAUUUAUUAAAAUAUUCCAACCUGCAGCUGUCGACUUUAUUAAAUCCAGAAGCUGGAUUAGUUAAAUUGAUAGUUCACCCAACAUGAAUAUUUACUCACCCUCAAAUGGGUUUAAACCUUCAUAAGUUUCCUCUGUUGAACACAAAAGGAAAUAUUCUGAAGAAAGCUGAAAACCUGUAACCACUGACCACCUCCAUAGUAUGAAAAACAGAUACUAUGGAAGUCAAUGAUUACAGGUUUUCAGCUUUAUAUUAUAUUUUAUUUAUAUUUCAGCUUCAAAAUAUCUCAGAGGUUUGAAACUCAAAGAGGUUUGGAACAAGUUCAGGGUGUGUAUAUGAUGACAGAAUUAAAAAUUUUGGGUGAACUAUCCCUUUAAGCUGAAAGACACUUUAUAAGCGUCCCUUAUUUUAAGUGGACAUGGCAACCUUUCGAGAGCGCACUAUUGAAGCAGCCUUCCAAACAUUAAAAUAGCUCAAAUCUACAACCCUCAAGUUCUUUUAUUAGUUCGCUCUUAUAUCACUACCAGAAUAUAAAUUAUGCAAGAAGCCAAAAGACUGUUCUGUGCCAGUCAUCGCAAAUCACAACUACAUUUUUAACCAUUAAAUUUGGCUGUCACUCCUAAAAUUUAAAGGGAUAGUUGACCCAAAAAUGAAAGUUCAGUCAUCAUUUACACACCUUUGACUUGUUAAAGUUGUUCCAAACCUUUCUGAGUUUUUUCCCAAAAGAAGCCAUUUUGAAGAAUGUUGGAAACCUGUGACCAUUGACUUGCAUUGUAAAAAAAACAUAGUAUGGAAGUCAUUGGUUACAGGUUUUCAGCUUUCUUCAAAAUAUCUUUUUUUUUUGUGUUCAAUAGAAGAAAGUCAAAUAGGUUUGGAACAAG